AUGGGUGAUCAAGAGGACUCCGCCAAGCGACUGGUGAGGCAAACGAAGCUCUUCAAUGCCACCAUACACGGACAUCGUGAGCUCAAGACUGCCGCAGAUGGAAGCCGCUUUUUGGAGUCGUUGUGUGCCCAGGAAGACGUGGGGAAAUGCGUUGAGAGUGUUGUCGCCGCAACGGGCGGAAUCAAUGCUGUUGCCAAGUCUUUUCGCUUUUCCCGGGAAAGCGUCUUCCUCAACGGGGUGGCGGCCUUAGUUCUCCACCGCCUGGCUGAUCCAUCGCUCAAGCAGCUCUACGCCGGAGAAUUCCUCAAUCGCAUUCUCGAGGCCAUUGUUGAGCCACCGACGUUCUGGAACACGCUUGUCGAGGCCCACCAGGCCCAGAUCCUCAAUGAUACAGCCACCCACGCGUUCGCUUGGCUUUUACUUGAAGUUCUCUCCUCCCGUUCUUCUGAGAGGCUGCCAGAUGUGCGGGGUGUCGCUGAACGUGUAACGGGGAACGAGUCCUUGAUCAAUGGCUCCUCGCUCGAGAUUCGCAACCUGGGCCAGAAGAUCAAGCACCUUCUCAGUAGCACUUCCUCGAACGGGGUUGAAGAAGGCCCCGGUGGACGCCAUGAUAACGACUUUGUUGACUAUCGUAAGGUCAAAUUGCUACCUACCCCGGAUGAAUUCGCCUCCCGCGAGCGACCCUUCUAUCGCCGGGCUGAUGCCGUGGAAUCCGUGGACGAUCCAAGCAAAAGCCUCGUACAUCUGGACAAUCAAUUUCGUCUCUUGCGUGAAGAUUUCCUCGGCGAGCUACGCGAUGAUUUCCACAUCGCCAUCGGCCAGAAGAAGGGAAAACGUAGAUUCAUCCUUGAAGGCUUGGAAUUCAACGGUGUUGAUUGCGGAACCAUUAAGAAGCGUAAACUCUGCUCUGUAAAGCUACGGUGCAACGGUCAUAUUCCUCAACUGAAGGGCCUCAAAGGUGUGACUACCCGGAAGGACUUUCUUCGCGAGAACAAAAAAUUCAUCAAGCAUGAUUCCUUCGGAUGUCUCAUCAAUGGUGAUGAGAUCGUUGCUUUUGCAAACGUCGACCGCGAUGAAGAUCUGCUUGCCCAAGAAAAACCGGUCAUUGUUCUUCGCAUCGAGGAUGAGCAAUCUUUCAACAAGGUUCUUUACAUGUCAAAAACCUCCAGUGAGCUCAAAUUUGUCCAGGUUGACACAGCAUUCUUUGCCUACAGUCCAAUUCUAAAACGGCUUCAAUCGAUGAACGAAAUCCCAUUGCGAGACCAACUUCUUGGCCUCGGCCCCGGUUCAAACGAAGUCCUCUCUGGUAUUAUGCCUACAAGUGUCGUCAACAGCAUUCGGAUCAAUUUUGAGGACGACCUUCAAAGUAUUCUUGGAACGAGAAAAAGCGUAAAGCUUGAUGUUGCUCAAGCCAAAUCGCUUCUCGCUGGAUUGAGGAAGAAAGUAAGCUUGAUCCAGGGGCCUCCGGGUACUGGGAAAUCCUUCAUUGGUGCAUUGAUCGCGAAAGCACUUCACGACCACACCACGGAAACAAUCCUUGUGCAAACAUACACAAAUCAUGCGCUUGAUCAGUUUCUCGAGGAUUUGAUAAAUAUAGGCAUCCCAAUUGAUUCUAUCGUUCGACUUGGCUCGAAGUCUACCGCCAGUACGAAAGCUUUGAGCCUUUUCGAACAACAGAACACCUAUAAAGAAAGUGGGCCCACAUACAGGAUGAGGCAAGAUCAGAAGGCACAAGCGGAAAGCUAUCACGAUUCUCUGAUUAAUAAGGUCAACCAAUAUAUGACAUUUCGACCGACGGAGAAGAUUUUGCUCGAUUACCUUGAGUUCUCAGAUCAUUCCGAAUUCUUCGAUGCCUUCGUAGUUCCAGAAAACGAAGAAGGUAUGACCAUGAUCGGGGGCAAGGGCAAGAAGAUUACCGCAAAUUAUCUACUCCAGCGCUGGAUUUCUGGACAUGAUGCUGGCGUGUUCCAUCACAGUGCGAAGCAACAAUUUCCGACCGUAUGGGCCAUGGACACCGGCGUACGUGCGACCCAUUGGAAGAAAUGGAUUCGAGAGGUUUUUGAAGAGCAGACUUCUGAGAUUGGCAACUUAAUGCGCAAAUACAAUGAAUGCCAGGAGCAACUUAAACGGAUACGCCAGCUUCAAGAUACUCACAUCAUCGAAAAGAAGCGCAUCAUUGGGUGCACCACAACAGCAGCCGCGAUGCACACGGACCAGUUACAGAAAGCUUCGCCUGGAGUUGUACUGGUCGAGGAAGCUGGCGAGAUUCUCGAGAGCCACAUUCUCACAGCCAUGACGCCGAACACGAAGCAACUAGUUCUCAUUGGCGAUCACAAACAACUUCGCCCUAAAGUUAACAAUCAUGCAUUGACGAUUGAGAAAGGCGAUGGUUAUAACUUGAAUCAAUCACUUUUUGAAAGACUUGUACUUUCUGGAGUGCCUCACAUUACCCUCAAUCGACAACACAGGAUGCGUCCCGAGAUUUCAUCGCUUGUCAGGAAUCUCACGUAUCCCGAACUUGAAGACGCUGAAGGGACCAAUGGGAGGCCCCGAUUGCGCGGCUUCCAAGACAGCGUCAUAUUCGUCUCUCACAAUUGUCCUGAACUCAACGCUACACGAAUUGCCGACCGUCGUGAUGAUGGAUCAAAUUUGAGCAAGGAGAACAAAUACGAAGCUGAAAUCAUCAUCAAAUGCGUUCGCUACCUUGGCCAACAGGGUUACGGUACUAACAAUCUUGUCGUGUUAACUCCAUAUCUUGGCCAGCUAUGCGUGCUGCGCGAGACCUUGUCUAAGGACAAUGAUCCUGUCCUGAACGAUCUGGAUUCGUUUGAACUAACACGGGCUGGAUUGUUGUCGCCCGCGGGAGCAGGCGUAGGGAAAAGGCAGAUCAAAAUCUCAACCAUCGAUAAUUACCAAGGCGAGGAGAGCGACAUCGUCAUCGUGUCUUUGACAAGAAGUAAUAGUAUUGGCGACAUUGGCUUCAUGGCUUCUCCCCAGCGUGUCAACGUUUUAUUGUCAAGAGCGAGAAAUGCCUUGAUCAUGAUUGGUAACGCCGAUACUUUCAUGAAUAGCCGUAAGGGCAAAGAUGUCUGGAUUCCGUUGAUGGAGCAGCUGAAGAAGGACGGGCAUGUCUAUGAUGGGUUCCCCGUUCAAUGCGAACAGCAUCCUGAAAAGAAGGUACUGCUGAAAGACAAGGAAGAAUUCGAAAUAGCAUGCCCUGAUGGAGGCUGCUCUGAGCCCUGUGGAAUACUACUCAAUUGUGGGCAACACAAGUGUCCUCAUCGUUGUCACCAACUCCAAGAUCAUUCGAAGAUGGAAUGCCCUGCGGUUAUCAAGUCGAGGUGCUCCCGGAAGAAGCACAACAUCUCGAGGGAGUGCCACGAUAAAGCCGCUGCAUCCUGCAGAAAAUGCGAGGCCGAAGACCGGGAUCAAGAGAGACGACAGCAGCGAGAUCACAAACUUGACCAGGAGCGCCUGGCAAAACAAGUCGCGUAUGCACGGAAGCUAGCUGAGAUUGAAGAUGAAAUCGAUCAUCAGAAGCGCUUGCUCAGGGAGAGGGGGGACGAUCGUGACCGAGAGAACGGUUUAUCACAGAAGCAACAAGACUUAGCAAGCUUGAAGACACAAGUUAAAAGACUUUCUGAAAGGGGCGAUUCCGGCGCUUCGUCUAGCGGCCGAGCGACUUCUUCUAUCACUACUGCAAAUACUCAACCCGCACCUCAAACCAAACCAACCACACCUCAAACCAAACCAACCACACCUCAAACCAAACCAACCGCACCUCAAACCAAACCAACUGCACCCCAACCAGGCCAAACUUCUAUGAAAGGGCCGGAGAACAAUGAAGACCACAGCGAAUGGGAAAUCGGCGAAUCGAAAGAUGAUUGGGCAUGGCAAAAAGAGUUUGAGGGCGCUGAGAACGAGGCUCUCGAUUCUUUGAUGGACAUGAUUGGUCUAGAAUCAGUUAAGCAGGAAUUCCUUGGGAUCAAAGCCAAGGUUGACGCCGUGGUCCGACAGAAUGCGUCUCUCAAGGACGAGAGGUUCGGAGCCGCAUUAUUGGGAAAUCCAGGCACUGGAAAGACCACAGUGGCACGGCUCUAUGCAAAAUUUCUGGUAAAAGUCGGUGCACUGCCUGGCAGUUACUUUCACGAAUCAUCCGGAUCUUCAUUAGCCAACGAUGGCGUCUCCGCGUGUCAAAAGCAUAUUGAGAAGAUUCUAGAAGAGGGCGGAGGCGUUUUCUUCAUCGAUGAGGCAUAUCAGCUCGUGUCUGGUAACAGUUAUGGCGGCAAGGCAGUGCUUGAUUACCUCUUAGCCGAAAUCGAAAACCUCACAGGCAAAAUCGUCUUCAUCCUCGCAGGCUACCAUAAGCAAAUGGAGGCUUUCUUCGCGCACAACCCUGGGAUUCCUAGCCGCAUUCCAAAGCGUAUGGAGUUCCAGGACUACAACGACAAAGAGCUACAGACGAUCUUUUGCCAUUAUCUCAAAUCCAAGUACAAAGGAAACAUGAGCGUCGAAAAUGGCAUGGCCGGACUAUAUGUUCGAAUCGUAGCCCGACGAAUUGGUCGAGGACGUGGACGCGACGGAUUCGGGAAUGCCCGCGAGGUCCAAAAUAGGCUCGCCCAAAUUACAGAGCGUCAAGCCAAGCGUCUUCGGAAGGAAAGAAGAAAAGGACUCAAGCCGGAUGACAAUCUAUUAACUAAGGAAGACCUUAUUGGACCAGAACCUUCAGCAGUUCUUAAGAACAACACCGCGUGGGCUAAGCUGCAAAAGUUGAUCGGGUUGAAGGCUGUCAAGACCACAAUCCGUGUCCUUUUGGACGGCAUUCAGUUCAACUAUCAACGCGAAUUGGAUGAAAAGCCUCUCGUUCAGUAUUCGCUCAACCGCUGCUUCAUCGGAUCACCAGGCACUGGCAAGACAUCCGUUGCGAAACUUUAUGGGCGCAUAUUGGCAGAUAUCGGCCUUCUUUCUGAUGGAGAAGUGGUCGUCAAAAAUCCAGCGGACUUUGUUGGAAGCGUGCUCGGAGCCUCAGAAGCGAACACGAAGGCCAUCUUAGCCUCGACAGUCGGCAAAGUUCUCAUCAUUGAUGAAGCAUAUAUGCUAGCAGGUGGUGCUGAUCCAUACAAGACGGCCGUCAUCGACACGAUCGUUGCUGAGGUACAGAGUACGCCGGGUGAGGAUCGUUGUGUGCUCCUCCUUGGGUACAAAGAUCAGAUGGAAGAGAUGUUUCGGGAUGUCAAUCCCGGUCUUGCUCGACGUUUCCCGUUAGAGUCGGCUUUUGUGUUCGAGGACUUCAGCGACGAUGAGCUACGCCGGAUCCUGGAUCUUAAACUCAAAGAAAUAGGCUUUGGCGCUACUGAUCAGGCUAAGAAUAUUGCAAUUGAAGUGCUCAGUCGCGCGCGAAACCGACCGAAUUUUGGAAACGCUGGCGAAGUUGACAUUCUUCUAGACCGAGCCAAGGCGUUGCACCAGAAACAUCUGUCAGCGGGGGAAACAAAGAAUUCAGAUAUAUUCGAUGCUGUCGAUUUUGAUCCAGACUUUGACAGAGGUACACGAGCUGCUACUAACCUUGUACAGCUAUUCCAAGACGUUGUCGGAUGCGAAAAUGUAAUCAAGCAAUUUGAGGGUUACCAAACCACCGCCGCAAAUAUGAAAGCGCUCGGGAUGGAUCCACGAGAACAGAUACCAUUCAACUUUCUAUUCAAAGGGCCUCCAGGCACCGGCAAGACAACAACAGCUCAAAAGAUGGGCAAGGUCUUCUACGACAUGGGUUUCCUUGCUCACGCGAAAGUAGAACAAUGCUCCACCACUGAUAUGAUCGGAGAAUAUGUUGGACAUACCGGACCAAAAGUCAAGAAGCUAUUGGAGAAGGCUAUGGGCAAAGUUCUGUUCAUAGACGAAGCUUAUCGCCUUGCUGAAGGAGGAUUCGCAACCGAGGCAAUGGACGAGCUUGUUUCCUCUCUUACGGACCCCAAGUAUGCUCAAAAGCUUAUCGUCAUUCUUGCCGGCUACGACGAAGACAUUGACCGCUUAAUGUCAAUCAACCCGGGUUUAACCAGUCGAUUUCCAGAAUCUGUCGUUUUCAACCAUAUGGAACCCGGAUCCUGCCUUGAAUUGCUCAUCAAAAUCUUAGACGACCUGAAGAAGAAAAAUAAGGCACCGCUUGAUCUCUCGGUGCUUGAAUCUCCAACCGCAGAGCUCCGUGAGACUAUACUGCGCCUCUUCAGAGACCUGUCGCAACUAAAGUCCUGGGGCAACGCGCGAGACGUGAAAUCUCUCGCUAAGAAUAUGUUCAGAGAGCUCAUUUCUCAAGUAACUGAGCCUAUCACCAAUCUGGUACUCACGGAAGAUAUCAUAAUCAAGGUCAUGGGAUCCAUGUUGGCAGAGCGUGUUCGCCGAACUGAAGCUGCAGGAACUACACGGCACGGACCGAAUCACACAACCCCAUUUCCUCGGCCCAUGAAACAGAAUGUGCCAAAUCAGCGUGCAAAGGAGACGAACAUCACCGCUUCAUCUUCUGCUCAGAAUGGUAGCAACGAGGAAAAUGGGCCGUCGCCGAGUGGUCCUCCUCUAAAUAUUGAAGAGAAAGCGGCCGAUCCCUGGGAUUCAGCACGCCAGCCAGGACGCGACGCGGGGGUAUCUGAUGAAGUAUGGAAUCAGCUCGAACUCGACAAGAAAGCCGCUAUCGCGCGCGAAGAGGAAUAUCAACGCCUCCAGAAAGAAAAAGUUGAAGAAGAAAAGCGGAUCGAAGAGAUGAAGAAAGCAGAGCUACGGGCUCUUGUUGACGGAGAGAGGCGGAAGCUUGAGCAAGAGCGUAUUCAGAUGGAGUUGGCUAGGAGAGAAAGAGAGCGGAUUUUGGCUGCUUUGGAGGAACAGCGGCGGAAAGACAUGGAGACGCAGAAAAAAUUGAGAACAAUGGGACCAUGUCCAGCAGGCUACCACUGGAUCAAGCAGGCUGGGGGGUACCGUUGCGCUGGAGGAAGCCAUUUCCUAUCCGAUGGGGACGUCGAUCGCUUCUGUGUCUAA